GUCACAGGGCUCUUCUUUGUCCGAACGGCCCUCCUGCAGACCAUCCUGUCGUGGAUCGGGUCCAAGGCCAACAUCUUCGAGAAGCAGAUGGUGCGGGAGAUCGCCUCGCUGAUCCGGGACACGGACCGCCACGGGAAGGCCCGCAUCGUGGACAUCAACGAGGGCGAGGAGACCCCGGAGAUGCUGAAGGUGCUCGGGCCAAUGACGGAGCUUGGGGAAAGCACGCCGGAGGAGGACACCAAGGCAGAUCGUUCCAACUCCGCCCAUCUCCACAAGGUCUCCGACGCCACGGGGUCGAUGACCAUGACCAAGGUGUCGGAGAAGUGUCCGCUGGACCGGGAUCUGCUGGUGCGCGACGACUGCUUCAUCCUGGACAACGGGGCCAACGGGAAGAUCUUCGUCUGGAAAGGUAGUGGAGCCAAUGCUGAGGAGAAGAGGGAGGCCCUAAAGAUGGCGGAUAACUUCAUCCAACAGAUGAACUACGACAGGAUGAAGACGCAGGUGGAGAUUCUACCGCAAGGACGAGAGACGAUCAUGUUCAAACAGUUCUUCAAGAAUUGGAACUGAUGCGAGGACAAGAUGUACACAGUUUCACGCACUCAUGAGCAGAAUACCUGGAACCCAACUGUUACCAAAUAACAACGGCGCCCCUUAUCCAUAUCAUGUUUUUUUUAUAUGUAUAUGAGUUCAUGUUUGUGUAUAUAUUUUGGUUAGACCGGUAGUGAACUCUGUGAAUGAAGGCAUCUGACACAGAGUUCUGCUUAACACAUCAUAUCAUUCAUUAAAGCCCUGAUUCAAAGAUGCUAAUCUUUUUAUAUUUUAUCCGUUCAGCAUGCAUCUUCGAGGCUGUCAAUCAUUUUUAUGAACGUGUUUGUUUUGGUGGGUUGAGGCUGCUCUCAGUUUCGGUUCAAUAUUGCCACGUAUUCAUGAAUCCCUGUGAAAAGAAUUAUGUCAAGAAAUUCAUCGGUAUAGAGUCAGUAAACAAAGAGCUGGUGCUGUUGCAUCCUGAUCGGCCUUUGAUAUCAUUUAAGGGUAUUCUCAAAGGUCUUAUCUAGCCAAGAUGACAUUGGAUGAAAUAGUUGAGUUUUCUUUUGUACAAUUUGUUAAGAGCAUCACAGAAGUAUUCUCCUGCAGAGAAAUAAUAAAACACAACAAACCACAAA